AUGGUCAAGUUCAUUCCCCUCGCUACCCUGGCAAUUGCCAGUCUGUCCGUCGCCAGCCCAACGGUGUACUUGAUCCGCCACGGUGAAAAGCCCGAUUCAGGCAAUGGCUUGAGUGCGCAGGGUUUAGAGCGUGCGCAAUGUCUGCGCAGUGUUUUCGGUGCCAGCUCGGAGUAUAAAAUUGGGUAUAUCAUGGCUCAGACGCCCAAGAGUGAUGGAAAGCGUCAACGCCCCUACGACACUGUUGAGCCCUUGGCCGAGGACUUGGGUCUCACCGUGGACACCUCCUGCGAUCGGGACGAUCCCGAGUGUGUGAAGGAUGUUGUCGAUGGGUAUACCGGUUCUGGCAAUAUCUUGAUUUGCUGGGAGCAUGAUGCGUUGACGGAUAUUGUUUCUGAGUUGGGUGAUAGUGAUGCGCCGAGUUAUCCGGAUGAUAGCUAUGACAUUAUCUGGACGGAUCCAUCGCCGUAUACGGCUAUUACUGCUAAGACGAGUGAGAACUGCCCUGGCUUGGAUAGCUAG